UUUACAUGUACAUUAUAUUUAAUGUAUAGUACGGCACUCCAUUACACUAUGCUCUUGAGUAUUGUGAAGGUGCUGACAUUAUCAAAUUAUUAAUAACUAAAGGAAAGGCUGAUGUGAAUGCUGGGAAUAAGUUCAACAGAACUUCAUUGUUUGAUGCUAUUAAAACUCGUAACAAAGAAGCUGUUAAUAUUCUAUUAACUAAUGGAGCUAAAACUGAUGUUAUGGGGUAUGAUGAAACUCCAUUACACUAUGCUUGUCGUUUUGGUGAAGCUGAUAUUAUCAAAUUAUUAAUAACUAAAGGAAAGGCUGAUGUGAAUGCUAUGGAUAAGGAGAACAGAACUCCAUUGUUUCAUGUUGUUAAGUGGAGGAGUGAAAUUGUUAAUAUUCUAUUAACUAAUGGAGCUAAAAUUGAUGUUGUGGAUAAUUAUGGUAACACUCCUCUGUUACUAGCAAUUGAAAAAGGUGGAUCAACUGAAGUUAUCAAAUUAUUGAUUACUAAAGGAAAAGCUGAUGUGACUGCUGUUUGUAAGAAAUAUCGUAUCAAUUCUAAGCUAUCUAGAUCUGAAAUUGCUGAGUUAUUGAUCACUAAGAUACCAAAGCUAAUGUCAGUAUCUAUUGAAAUGCCAGAAGAUAGUGUAA